UGUCCCGCUGUCCCCAUUGUCCCCAUGUCCCGCUGUCCCCAUAUCCCACUGUCCCCACUGUCCCCAUUGUCCCCAUAUCCCGCUGUCCCCGCUGUCCCCCCCGUGUCCCCAGGAAACCUUCGAGCGGGUGUUCGUGUCUCCGGGGCUCCGCGGUGUCCCCUGGUACGUGAUGGCCGGGAACCACGACCACGCGGGCAAUGUCACCGCGCAGCUGCGCUACAGCCACCACUCCCCGCGCUGGCACUUCCCCCACCCCUACUACAGCCUGCGGCUGCACAUCCCCAAUUCCAACGCGUCGGCGCGGCUGCUGGUGCUGGACACGGUGCUGCUGUGCGGUCACUGCGAUGAUUUCGGUGUCGCCGAUGUCCCCGCGGGUCCCCGGGACGCGGCGGCGGCCGGAGCUCACCUGGCCUGGCUGCGCUCGCAGCUCGAGGCGGCGGCCGGGGAUCGCUUCGUGCUGGUGGCCGGCCACUACCCGCUGUGGUCAGUGGCCAAACACGGCCCCACGCCGUGCCUGGUGCGGCUCCUGCGGCCGCUGCU